AUGAGAUCAAUAAAUAAUUCGAUAGAUACUCCAUCUAUAAAAGUUAAAUUUAAUCAUAAUGAUAAAAUUGAUGAAAUGAAAACGACGAAAACCAUGAAAAAGAGGGAUGUUUAACCUGAGAUAUCAAUAGUUUGGGAAUAUUACAUGUAUAUGAUAAUGUCUUUGUUGGUUGAGAUUAUCGUGUUGAUUUUCAACAACUAGACCAAAAUCCUCAACACGAUCAGACUGAUUGUAUUUAUUCUUAUUUUUAUGGGUUCACUCAUCUACAUAAAGAAAAUACAGUAAAAUUAAUUAUUGUGCUUGAUAUGUUUGAUUAAAAUAUUUUAGACUUCAACCAUUUGUUUAAACGAUGAGGUUUAUUUGAUUGCUAUUCUACCACUUGCAUACGAUUAAAUUGUUAACAAGAAUAAAGUUGCAAUUAAAUUGAAAGUGCUUGAAAAAAUAUUGAUGAAAGUCAUAGGAGUAAGUUUAAUUUCUAUUUUUUCAAAAUAACCCAUAGCCAUAACUAUAAAUUUAUGUUUGGUGAUAUUGGAAAUUUAUAGAAAUCGUCUUGUUUUCAAGAAAAGAGAGGAGAGUCAAUCAUUAAUUAAUCAUAAAAAACCUCUGGAUUAUGAAUAAGUCUCUCACAGUGUCACUCAUAGAGUAGAAAACAACUAAAGAGAAGAUGUAUGGAAGAAACGAUUUUAUGCAAUCCCAUUAUCGAUUUUAAUGAUAUCCAAAGAGACUUUAAAAAUUACAUACAAAAACAAGACUCUAUUCAAAUAGUUUUGUGAUAGUUUCAUCAACGAAGAAGAAUUGGAGGACCUUAUAUUAAAUAAGCUGCAUUUUUCACUCCUAUCGGAUCAUCAAGAGUUCGUGUAAUUGUCAUCUACAAAUAUUAUAAAAUUAAAAUAAAAAAAGUCGAAUUCAUCGAACAUUUUUAAUUAGAAAUCUUGUAUGACUCAAUUGAGUUCCUAUGAUUUGAUGCAGAAGAGAUCGCUAAUAGAAAUUUUGACUUCAAUCAAAAGCGAAACCUAUAAUUUGUAAAAGGACGUUAUCGAGUUAUUUUGUCAGUAAACAGAAAUAUCGGGAGCAAAAUAUUAAUUAGAGGCCAAAAUAAUAUUGUCAGAUAAAGAUGACGAAUUCUUUGUGACAAUUAAUGACACAUCAAAAUAAAAUGAAAUCCAGUAAUUCAUAGUAAAGGAAGAAUUUAAGAGCAAAGUAUAUUAUUUAAAUAUUUGAGAUUAUAGAAUCAUUUUCUCAUGAAUUACGAACUCCAUUAAAUAGUGCCAUUAACUUUUUGUAAGCCUCUAUAGCUGAUAGCACCAUCGAUGAUAAAUUGAAACUUCAAACUCUUGAGCCAGCAGUCUAUUCAUUAAAAUUAUAAUCAUACUUAAUCAAUGACAUCUUAGAUUAUUAACGUUAUAAUGCAAAUCAAUUGGAACUCUACGUAACUGAAUUUUCGGUACAAGAUUUCCUCAGUGACUUAACCUCCCUAUUUAGCAUAUAAUUUGAUAUGAAGAAGAUUGCCUUCAAUUUAGAUUUAACUAAGAAUUGCUUACAGUAUUUUAGUACUGACCAAACUAAACUAACUUAAAUAUUAGUCAAUCUCCUCUAAAAUUCACUCAAGUACACUUCUAGUGGUGUGAUACAACUAAAAUUUAGUAGUAAAUAAAAUGAUAUAGUGAAAAUUGUUGUUCAGGAUUCGGGAUUAGGGAUUGCUCCCAAUGUGUUAGAAUAAGUCAGAGUCACUCUUAAGAAUGUUGAGGAGAGCAAGGAUUUUUAAACCUUUAAGGAAUGGAAAGGGUUUGGUUUGUUAAUAGUUGCCUUAUUGCAUCAAACCCUUUGUCCUCCAUCAUAAAAGUAAAUUCAAAUUGAGUCAACUGGAUUUAAUAAGGGUACGAAGAUCAAAUUCUACAUUUUAAAUUUUAAUUACAGUUCGAAACAAAAUACUAUCAAACAAUCAUUAAGUGCAAAGAAUACGCUCAGACAAUCCUAAAGUGUUAAGAAAUCUCUAAAAUCUAAUUCUCUUAGUUAGAUAUUGGCAAAGAAUGGAACAAUCUAUUUAGCUUAAGACCUCGCAUAAGUAAGUUAACAUAUGAAGAAAAGUGAAAGGUUUCUGAAUUGUGGUUCAAACACUUUGGAUGACUUCUCAGAAUUGUCAAGAAGUCCAAAAAUUUAAUUUUGUUCGCCAGAUGCUAAUAUAUCUUAAUUAGUCUAAAUUUAACCCGUUUUGAUUACAGAUAUAAAAUCAAGUUAAAAGAUAUAAAUAAAAAAUAACAACCCUUUGUUUUAGUCAUGCAAAUCUCAAAAAUCCCAAUUAGUCAAUCUAAAUCAAUUUAGAAAGAUGGAAACAUAAUAUAGAGAAGAUAUCUUCAAAUCUUUAGCAACCAAAAAGAAUAGUUGUAAUUGCAAUGUCAUCCUGUCAGUUGAUGAUGAAAUAUUCAAUUAAAAAUCAGUUGAAAGACUCCUAUAGCAAAUUGGAUUCGAUGUUAAAUUGGCAUUUAGUGGUGACGAAGCAAUAAAUCUACUUUUGAAUCUGAAACCUUGCAGUUUAGGAUGCAACAUUUUGACUAUCAUUCUAAUGGAUUAUUAGAUGCCACAAAAGGACGGGAUAGCAACAACUAAAGAGCUGAGAAAACUCAUGUCAGAUGGAGUGAUUCCUGAGAUUCCAAUAAUUGGUUUGACUGCCUUUACAGGUUAGUAAGAUAUUAGAAAUUGCUUGAUUGCAGGCAUGAGCGAUGUGUUAUCAAAACCAUUAAAAAUACAGGAAUUAAAAGAUGUAUUAGCAUCUCUAUGA